AUGCAAGCCACUGCAGCGUUAGGAACAGAUUCUGAUAAAAAUUACCACAAAAAUGGAAGACACUUCCAAAAUGAUAAACUUUAUAAUCCUAAGAAAGAAAAUAUGUUAUUUUCCAAUGGUUGCAACGAAGUUAAAUUGACCUUUCCUAAUGGUGAAGGGGACUCCUUGGCAACAGAAGGAAGGGCUGGUGACAAAGAGAACAGCAGUGUUGACCAGAGAGAUUUAUCAGAACUAUCCUUUUCAGAAAAUCAAGGUUCUAACAUACAGAAUAUUUUCUCCCAGUCAAGUGAGUUUGAAGACAGUACUGACUAUGCCUUUUUGAAUGAGACCUAUUCCAUCCAUUAUUCAGAAUCAAAACUCAAGGAUGAAAAGCUUUUGCAUUUAUAUUCAGAAUUACAUCCUGAAGUGCACAAAAAAGUAGAGAUUGUUUUUGACACUUUAGGACCUCAAGAUAAUAAUAGCAUUGGAUUGGGAAGGAGCGCCGAGGCUUCAGGUGCUGGCUGUGGAGACGUGCAGAAGAGUGACAUGGACGAAGACUCACAGCAGGAGUACCACAGCGCAGAGCUGGAGUGCAUAAGUGCACACUUAGCGAAGACAGUAAGCAGGUCCAGUCUAGAUGUUAGUGAGUUGAAAACAUCAAGCUAUGACUUUAAAUGUGGUGGUAAUUUCGAAGAUAAUCAUGGUAAAUUAGAGAGUGGUCCGAGCCCCUCUUUGGAGUCACUUAAUGGUUUUGCACAAGAAUGUUCACCCCAAGUCUCUAUAUCUCAGAGUUCUGAUAUGUUACAAGAAUAUCAUGAGCAAAAAUAUGAAAAAUGUAAGGAACAAGAGGUUGGUUUCACAUAUCAUAAAGCAUUUGAUGACAUUUUCCAGAGAAGCAGUUCUCCCUUAAACCAUCAGAAAGUACCUGAAACUCAAGUGUAUACUAAAGAAAUGAAAUCUCAAACAAUUGAAACUAAAGACUUUUAUGGAAAUAGAAUUUUCCAGAACAAAACAUUACAGCACCCUGAGAAUGCUACCGUGUUUCCCCAAGACCAAGCCCUUGAGACACACUUGAAGGCUAAUGAUGCUCUGGAUGACUCGGUCAUUUCUCUCUGUGGCUCUUCACAAUACAAAAGCCUCCCUGAGCCGUGCUUUUUCUCUCCUGUGAUACCAAGGGUAGCAGUCACAGAUUAUCAGGCAGAAGUAGAGGGCAGCUGCCUACAACAUGUACAAGGCAGUGCCACAAAUAAGGCAUGCUCUCUGAUGAAAGAAAUGUGUCUUACGUCAGUGCCAGAUGCAGCAUCAUGUGUAGCUGCAGUUCAGCAGACACUGGGUGUGAGCAGCAGAGCAAAUGCAAGCUCUUCCAUAGUGUCUGCAUCAAGUAUCACAGAGACAAAGAUGGUGGGGCAGAGUCAACCUGAGUGGCAAAGUGACAAACGAAGUGUGGCCUGUAACACCGACUGGUCGUGUGGGCAGCAGUGCAGAGACUCACAGAGAGCUGCCCCAGGAAGUGACUCAGGAAGGCCACUCUCAACUGGCUGCUUAAAGCCUAGUGGGAGCUCCCUGAAUGAGAAUUCCUUGGAGUUAAGAAAAGUAUUUGAUACCACAGACGGACAGAAGCACCCUAAGAGGACAUUUCAGCUUUGUGAAGAGAAGGCUGUGCCAUCCAAGUGCUGUGAGAAGACCACUGAGAGGGCCGUAAAGGCGGAGAUGCACCUUCUGGAUGUUUGCUACCAGAUGUGCCAUCGCCACUGUCACCACAUUUACAAACUUGUAAUAGAAAGUAGAGCGGGACUCAAUAGGAAUUUACCAACCGAUUCUGCUAAGAAGGAAUUAGGCGCAGCACUGCUGUCUGUCCUGGAAGACUUGAAACUUAGAUACUUGAACUUGAAAGGAAAAGUCCACAAGGGCAUGCCUCUGGAAGAGCUGCCUCCACUGUCAGUGGAGUCCAAACUGUUAUCUGCCUUCUCCGAUUUUGUUUCCAGGCUAAUGAGAGAAGAAGCAUGCAGCCUUUCAGGAGCAAAUUCUGAGCUGGAUAAUCAAAGUCUACCUGAUGUUGAUGUUUCUCCGGGCCUACUAAAAACAUUGUCCCAGAUGUCUUUUAUACCUGACAAUAGUCAUCCUAAGCAAGAUAAAUCACCCAUGAACAACGACUUUAAAAAUGGUGAUAUAAACAUAGACUUUAAUCACCUGAAGCUCAAUGACAAAGAGUGUAAAACCGUCCAGGAAGCAAGCGAAGACUGGUUUGAUGCCACAGAGAGGCUGACUGGAGCUGACUUCUCAGAAACUCAAGAAAACACAACAGAAUACGAGGAAUGGGAGCCAAAGAAUCCAUUAGAAUUGAAGAAUAGUGAACUACAUGGAGGAGGUCAAGGCUUUUUGAUACAUGUCGGUGGUCUUCGCCCUUCUGUGUCCGAGGCUGAUUUAAGGUCUCAUUUCCAGAAAUACCAAGUUUCUGAAAUUUCAAUUUAUGAUUCUCCUACUAAUUACAGAUAUGCAUCUCUUGCUUUUGCAAAAAACAGUAAUGCAAAGAGGGCUGUGAAGGAAAUGAAUGGAGUCAAAAUCAAUGGAAAAUCCGUGAAUGUGCGGCUUGUGAAAAUCCCUGGAGAGUACACACCACCACCACCUCUGUCCACAACUGGCAAUAGCACUAGUAUGAAUCAUUUGGAGAAAAAUACCAAUGAAGAUGCCACCCCCGCCUCUUCUACUCGUAGACUGCCCAGAGCGAGAUCAAGGCAGCUGGAGUCUGAGCAAGACAGUGAGCUUCCUCCCUUGGACCAGGCUGUCAAGAAAAAUUGUAACCAGGUGAAAUCUGGUCAGUUAUUACCUGAGACACCUUUUCAGUUCAUACCCCCAAAUACAUUGAAUCUUCGUAGUUUUACCAAGAUCAUGAAGAGACUGGCUGAACUGCAUCCAGAUGUCAGCAGAGACCACAUUAUAGAGGCUCUUCAGGAAGUGAAGCUAAAUCACAAGGGUUUUCUGAAUGGUUUGUCCAUCAAUACCAUUGUAAAAAUGGCUUCAUCUUUUCUGAGAGACUCUGCUUUGAAAUAA